AGGCACAAACUCUCGACAACAGAGUGGCUUGUACUUCGUGAUUGUGAAGUUAUGCUGAUGGUUCCUCAUAUCGCACUUCAGUCCAUGCUGUCAGAACGAUUGCCAGUCUUAUGCGGCACUAUCAUCAUCUUCGAACAAUUCAUUGCGAAGUGGAAGUCUCUUCAGAAUAGCCAACCCCAUCUGAAGCCAUUCUUGGACAUUGGGUUACAAUGGGCUCAGAAGUAUUAUGAUCGUAUGCAAUCAGACACGUAUAUCAUAGCAAUGGUUCUUAACCCAGCAUAUUGCAUGAGUUGGAUCAAGAGACAUUGGUCACAUGAGGGAUCUGACAAAGCAAUACAAGUAAUCAAAUCAAAGGUAUUUCGAGCACAUCUGACCUGGCAUUGUUUCUAA